AUGACCUUCGAAACCAAAGCCACCAUCGCCUCCUUCGGCGGCAAGCUCCACAAACUCACCCACCAAUCCACCGAAACCACCACCCCCAUGGCCGUCAACCUCUACCUCCCCCCGCAAGCCCUCACCCCCAACCCCACCAAAGUCCCCCUCCUAAUCUACCUCUCCGGCCUAACCUGCACCCCGGAAAACUGUUCCGAAAAAGGCUUCUUCCAGCACCGCGCCAGCCAACUCGGCCUAGCCAUCCUCUACCCCGACACCUCCCCGCGCGGCCUCAACUACCCCGACGAAACCACCUCGUGGGACUUCGGCGCCGGCGCGGGCUUCUACAUCGACGCGACCCAGCCCCCCUGGAACGCCGGCUACCGCAUGGAGAGCUACAUCACGCGGGAACUGCCGCAAGCCCUCUUCUCCGACCCGACCUACGGCCCGCUGCUCGACGGCGCGCGCGUGUCCAUCACGGGGCAUUCCAUGGGCGGGCACGGCGCGCUGACGCUGUAUCUGAAGAAUCCGGGCAUGUAUCAGAGUGUGAGCGCGUUCGCGCCGAUCGCCAAUCCGAGUCGCUGUCCGUGGGGGGAGAAGGCAUUUAGCGGGUAUUUGGGCGCCGAGAGGGAGGGGUGGAAGAAGCAUGAUGCGACGGAGCUGGUGAGGGGGUGGAAGGGCGGGGAUUUGAAGGCGUUGGUGGAUGUGGGGACGGGGGAUAAUUUCUAUAAGCAGGGACAGUUGUUGCCGGAGAAUUUGGAGGCGGCGGCGAGGGAGGCGGGGGUGGAGGGGUUGACGGUAAGGUAUCAGGAGGGUUACGACCACUCGUACUAUUUCAUGGCUAGCUUCAGCGACGACCACGUCAACCACGCGGCGAAGCACUUGGGAUUGUUGUAG